AUGACAUUCCGGCUCAGCCAAUUUACAGCCGCUCUUCGAGUGCUCGCCGCCAAAGCAGAAGAGUCUCGUGCUGUACUUCCCUCCCUUUCACUCCGUCUCCGCACCAUAACAACAACACCAAAACCGCCCUCUCCAUCCCAGGCCCAGACGGGCAUGCCUAGCGGUGAAAUAAACCAGAUCGAGAUUCUGGAAAGGACAAUCCUCAGGCCUGAACGCGCCGAAUCAACCUGCAGCGGCACCGACAACGCCGUCGGUUUCUCCGCCCAAGCGUACGAUCCAUCCACCACAACCCCAGAGAGCGAGUUCGCCUGCUUUGAGGAAGAGAUCAAGCUUCGAUCAGAUGGAAGCAUUGAUCCUCUUUUCAUCAGUCCGGCAAAUCCGGAUUACAGCAAAGUCUUGGCUCGCGAGCUCGACGGGCGCGCGGUCGAGAGGGACAAACUCGAUCGUCUUGGGGCUACGGGGAGUGUGAGGGGGUGGGUGAAUAAGGGAAAGGAGGUCAAAGUCCGAGUCAUCGGAAAGGAAGGGAAGGAGGUUUGGAGGAGGAUGAGGAUGGGAAUGGGGUAUGACGGGGACGAGUAUGAGAGGUUGCUGAAAGGGUUGAGGAGACUGCAGAUGAGGUAA